AGCAUGGACAAGAGAAUAAGCAGUAGCCAGGAGGCCGAGGUGAGGAAAGGCCCCUGGACCAUGGAGGAAGACCUCAUCCUCAUGAACUACAUCUCCAACCACGGCGAGGGCGUCUGGAACAACAUCGCCCGAUCUGCCGGAUUGAACCGGACAGGGAAGAGCUGCCGGCUGCGGUGGUUGAACUACCUCCGACCGGACGUGCGGCGCGGGAACAUCACUCCGGAGGAGCAGCAGCUGAUCAUGGAACUGCAUGCGAGGUGGGGGAACAGGUGGUCGAAAAUUGCGAAGCAGCUCCCCGGGAGGACCGACAACGAGAUAAAAAAUUUUUGGAGGACCCGAGUGCAAAAGAAGCUGAAACAGGGCGAGUCCCAAAACAUGAACGGGAGUACCUCGCUGACCGACGAAGCCAGCACCAGCACCGGCGCACUCCAUCCCAACGCCGCCGCCACUGCCAGCGGCAGCACCUUCGACACGGCCGGUAUACCUGUUUGCGACGAUGUAUCAGCCGCCGCCAGCCACCUGCAGCACGCCGACGGCAACUUCUCCACCGAGUCUAGCGACAGCUUUUGGACGGUGGACGACUUCUGGUCGAUGCCGUCCCUCAACGGCGAUUAA